CUUAAACGCCAACGCGCUCAGCUCGCAAAACCGCUUUUCAGCGACGCGUCUCGUUGACCGGUGUAAGUGAAGCAAAGAUUGAGAGGGCUGAAGAGUUGAGGAGCCCGAUUACGGAUCUUUGGGAUCUUAUGAUGCCCUUCGUAUGCGGGCUCUACAAUGACUGCCCCCUGCCCAGAUCCUUACCCGCCCCUCAAGAGCCAUGACCGUCAUGACCUCCUCGAUUCCGUCAAGCGGCAUUAUGGUCGCUUCGGCUACAAUGUCACCAUCCUGAAGACUCGUCAACGACCUAAUGGCGAAUACUACCGUGUCGACUUGGCCUGCGACCGUGGGGGCCGCUAUAAGCCCGCCAGUCGCGGGAUCCGCGUCGCCCGCACCACCAAGACGGGCUGCGCCUGGUCGGGUUCACUCCUACUGACCGGCACCGAGUGGCUUCACAUCCCCGGCCAUGAUACUCAUAACCAUCCCCCUCCCAUCCCGGUCGAGGAUCCCACCAAGAAGAAAGUCGACGCCGUGAAAAAGAAAGUCGAAGAGCGCACCCGCGUCCGCGACCUACUUCCCACCCUCUACCUCGGCUCCUGGGCCCCGGGUCCCAAAAACUCCCUGACCGACGUACCCGGCGUUCUCGUCGCCGCCGAGUCGGUUCAGCCUAACCGCUCCGUCAACACAGGCGUCACCGUCAUCCUGCCCCGGGAAACCUGGUUUACCGAGGCCUGUUAUGCCGGAUUCCACCGCUUCAACGGUGCCGGCGAGCUGACCGGUUCCCAGUGGCUCGACGAAACGGGCCUUCUCAACUCUCCCAUCGUCCUCACCAACUCCCUCGCCGUCGGUGACGCCCACCGCGGCAUCUACGAGUAUGCCAUCCGCAACUACUGCGUCGAGAGCGGAGAGCUCGACGUCUUCAUGGUCCCCGUUGUUGCCGAGAUUUUUGACGGCUACCUCAGCGACAUCACCAAGAUGUCUGUCCAGGCCCAGGAUGUCACCCGCAGUAUCGACCUUGCCACCGAUGAACCCGUCAAGGAAGGCAACACGGGUGGCGGCACCGGCGCCAUCUGCCACCACUGGAAAGGAGGUACCGGUUCUGCCUCGCGUGUUAUACCGGCCCCGCAGCGAACCAGGCGAGAAGACGACGGCGAAGAAGAAGACGAGGAAGAAAAUGAGGAACGGUCCUACACCGUCGGCGUUCUGGUCCAGGCAAACUACGGCAAGGGUUCUCACCUUCGCAUCGCCGGCGUCCCCAUAGGUCGCAUCUUCGACCAGCAGCACCAACAGCGGGAGCACUGGCUGCGAGAGCAGCAACGGAUGCAGCAGCAGCAAGAGGAACAACUACGGAAGCAGCAGGAAGCGGAACAGCAGCGACAACAGCAGUUGCAACGAGAACAGGAAGGAAGGGAACGACGGCAAGCGGUACCAAUAAACAGCGACGAGAGCGUAGAGGACGAAGAGGAGGAAGAAGAGGAGGAAGAAGAGGAGGAGCGGGAAGAAGAAGAUGAUGAUCAACAUACAUCCUCUCAAAACCAACAGCAACAAUCGGGACGGCGAGGACAACAUCAACAGCAACAGCAACCACAGCCGCAGCCUCAGCAAGCGAGACGGCAACUUCCACAGCAUGGACAGCAAUCGGCUGCUCAACAGGCCUUGCAGUUGUCGCAGCAGCAGCAGCAGAACCAGCGCCAGCACCAGAACCCGUACCAAAACCAGAGCCCGUACCAGCAACAGAGCAUGUACCAACAACAGAGCCCAUACGAACAGCAAUACCCGCAGCAUCAACAGCAACAGCAGCAACAGACAUUUCAGCCGCAGCCGCAGCCGCAGCCGCCGUACCCUCAACCACCACCAAUGGCACCGCAACAACCCAUUGGCGGAGGCAGCGCUGGAUCCCAAACACAAGCGGCUCCAGCCGGAGCCGCUCCGGCUCGGGGGGGCCACACCUAUCACCACAAUUUCCGACUCGUACCCGUGACGUUCGGCGAUGCAAAUGCGCAGGUAGAGGCUUAUGCCAAGGCGCAAGAGCGAGCACACAAUAAGUCUAAGGCAGCCAGGGCUCAGGCCGAAGCGCAGGCUUUGGCGCAGGCGCAAGCCGAAGCCGAGGCCAAGCUAGAGGCCCGGCUGUACGACCACCUCCGCUGGCAAGCCGAGAUGGGGACGCGAAAGGAAUACAGGGACGGCAGCGUCAUCGUCGUCAUCGCCACCGACGCGCCACUCUCGCCGGCCCAGUGCCAGCGCCUGGCCAAGCGCGCAUCCGUCGGGAUUGCCCGGACCGGCGGAUACGGCCACGACCCGGCGGGGGACAUCUUCCUGGCCUUCUCUACGGGCAACAGCGUGCCGGUACAGAAGUUGACCUCAAGCGGGGCUCCCGCCGUCGACCCGUACAAGCCUCGGGCGCGCGAGAUCCAGGUGGUGGAGGAUGGCACCAUGAACGGUUUAUUCGAGGCCGCGGCCGACGCCACGGAGGAGGCCGUCUACAACGCGCUCUGCAUGGCCGAGCCGAUUGAGGGGUUCAGAGGGAGGAGAGUGGAAGCGAUGCCUUUGAAGCGGUUAAAGGACAUGAUGCAGAGGUACUUGUAAAAGGCCGAUGAGGCUUGGAGACUGGAGACCUGGAGACAGGCUUGCUGAUGUUGACUUGUUGAAUUUUUGCUUUUGAGUUUUUCUUUUUGGGUGCGUUGAUGUGACUAAGUGGGCAAAUGUUCAUAUAGUGAGGCUCCAAACGUUUCCCAAUCUUUAACGCCGGGUGGGGGGGGGCGCGUUUCUCUCUCCUUCCAAGGUAUCUAUGGCAUUUAUUUGUACGGAGUAAGGUUCAAAGUGGACGUCUUGGGGACAAGAACGUGUCAGGCUCCUCUCUAUGGUUCAGGAUUCACGAUCCUCUACCCUAUCUAUGUCCUACCCUAUCCUAUCCUAUCCUAUCCUGUC